CUGGGGCUGCCUGGGUGCCCUGCGGCAGCUGCAGCCCCGGGGCUGCACACAUCUGGGUGCAGAGGGCUCCGGGCCAGCAGCCCUUCCGAACCAGGAAUCGAGUGCCACGUCUCGGUCCCGCUCUCCUCUCCUUCUCACUGCCACCCUUCCCCGCUGGCGUGACACUGCAUGGCAUGGCCAGUGCCCGGGGCCUGAGGGCAGGGACAUGGGCAUCCUCCCUGUUUCGGAGUGGUCAUCCUGGAACUCAUCCUUUGUGGGGCCGGGCACCGGGAGCGAGCCCCUCUCCGGGCCCUGGUACAGAACACACAAGACGCAGCUCCUGGGAGUUUUACUUGCUGCUGCUUCGAAUUUUUUGAUUAGUGUCUCUUUGAAUAUACAGAAAUGUGCUCAUCUCCGACUGGCUUGCCAAACAGAGCUGAAGCCCCACUACAAGAUCAAGCUCUGGUGGUGUGGAACUGCCCUGCUGGGGCUUGGAGAAGUGGGCAAUUUCACAGCCUAUGGAUUUGCCCCCGUUGACCUUGUUGCUCCAGUGGGAUGUGUAUCUCUCAUAGGUAGUGCAUUUAUUUCUGUCUUAUUCCUAAAGAAGACCAUGAGGGCUGCUGAUAUAUUGGGAGGAACACUGACAAUAACAGGGACAUGCUUGUUGGUGACAUUUGCUCCAAGUGUACCCCAAGAGCUCACAGCAAGACAAAUACAGAAUUACUUAGUGAGUUGGCCUUUCUUGGUAUAUUCGAUCCUAGAAAUUAUAAUAUUCUGCACUCUCCUCUAUUUUUACAAAGCAAAGGCUGUGAAGCAUAUCGUGAUUUUGUUAAUGAUGGUAGCACUACUGGCAUCCCUGACUGUCAUUGCUGUAAAGGCUGUGGCCAGUAUGAUAACACUCUCUGCAAAGGGGAAAAUGCAGCUAACUUACCCUGUUUUCUAUAUCAUGAUUGUUUUAAUGGCAACUUCUUGUGCUUUCCAAGUCAAGUUCUUGAAUCAAGCAAUGCAUCUGUAUGAAGCAACAGCAGUUGUGCCCAUUAAUUUUGUAUUCUUCACCAGCAGUGCCAUAAUUUCAGGGGUCAUAUUUUAUCGGGAAUUCCAAAGUGCAACUUUGCUGAACAUGUUCAUGUUUCUGUUCGGGUGUCUCCUAUCUUUCCUUGGUGUAUUUGUAAUUGCAAGAAAUAAAAAAGAGGAGCAUUUACAAAUUUCUUUUAUUGACUGUGGACAUAUUCCUGGACAAAAACUGACAGGCAAAAUACAACCAGAUUCUCACAGUUAACACUAUGGCACUUUGAAUAGUGAAGAUGACUUGGUGAAAAGUCAGAGCUGA